CGCCGCGAACCAACUUCCUGCGGCCAUGAUUGGCUUGUCUCCAACACCAACUUUACAUGGCGACCAUGAGCCAAGUCCAGUCCUUACUAAACAGAAUAGUACUCAGAAGUCACAUCAAAGUGAUGAUGGUACAGGUAAUUUUAUCAUUGACUGGGAUGGUCCAAAUGACCCUGAAAAUCCUAAAAAUUGGAGCUUUAGGCGUAGAUGGGCUACGACCGCAAUCGUAUCAUCAUUUACUUUCAUCAGUCUAGUUUCUUCCUCUAUGGUCGCGCCUGCUUCUGGCCAGGUGGCUUCUACAUUCAGGCUUACCAGUGAUGUCAUAAUUGCACUUACAACAUCCAUCUUUGUGCUUGCGUAUGCUGUUGGGCCAUUGUUUUGGGGCCCAAUGAGUGAAAUUUAUGGCCGGUCACGCGUGUUGCGAUUAGCAAAUCUAUGGUAUUUGGUAUGGAAUCUUGCGUGUGGAUUCGCACAGACAGAAUACCAGCUUCUUGCCUUCCGAUUUCUCGCUGGCCUCGGGGCCAGCGCUUCGCUUCCCAUCGGCGGCGGCGUUCUUGGGGAUUGCUGGCGACCCGAAGAAAGAGGAAAAGCCAUGUCUAUCUUCUCAUUAGCUCCGCUGUUAGGACCUGUCGUAGGACCUAUCACAGGCGCCUGGAUCGCUGAACGCUCAACCUGGAGAUGGGUGUUUUGGUCUUCGUCCAUUGUGGAUGCAGCUAUUCAGAUUCUUGGACUAUUUGUACUUCGAGAGACUUACGCGCCCCUUUUGUUGGCGAGGAAGGCGGAACGCAUUCGCAAAUUCGAGUCCAUGGAUGCUGAAAAAGUGCCGUACAAAGAAAUCCGCACCGUUUUCGAAGUUCAAGGUCGCUCUCGGCGGACGAUCAUGACCACAGCACUCAGUCGCCCUUUUGCACUCUUUGUCCGUGAACCGAUCGUGCAGUUACUCGGCGUUUACAUGGCAUAUCUAUACGGGACAAUUUAUCUCUUUUUGACGACGAUACCAUCGAUCUUCCAGGGUGUAUAUCAUCAGUCGGUAGGAAUUGCCGGCUUGAACUACAUCGCACUUGGUGUAGGGUUGGUCGUUGCGUCCCAAUUAAAUGCGAGAACACUGGACAAGAUUUAUGUUCAUUUAAAGAGUAAACAUGGUGGAGUCGGGAAGCCGGAGUUCAGAUUACCUGCUAUGUUGGUCGGAACUAUACUGCUUCCAAUUGGGUGCUUGACGGCAGGUUGGACUACUGAAGCCCAUACUCAUUGGAUAGCCCCGGAUAUUGGUAUCGCGCUUGUGGGAGCAGGAAUUAUUCUGAAUUGGCAGUGUCUCCAGACCUACGUUGUAGAUUGCUUUACCCUUCAUGCUGCUUCUGGUAUCAUUUUCCUUUCGCAUGUCUUUUGCACCGUCUUACGCCUUUCAUGUCCAGCGCUGGCUGCAGUCACCUGCCUACAAUCACUAGCAGGCUUCGGAUUUCCCUUGUUUGCUCCAGCGAUGUACAACGCACUUGGUGUCGGGAAGGGCGAUACUAUUAUUGCAGUCGCAGCAAUCGCGAUAGGCGGUCCCGCGUACGUCUUUGUCCCUGUUCUUUCCAUCGUCAUUUUGACUGAUUACACCUGCAGGUUCUGGAUAUUCUGGCAUUACGGGGAACGUAUACGAAACAGUAGCCGAUAUGCGCGGUCGUGAUGCGA